AUGGCUCGAUCUGCAUUGUUCUUGGUUUGUGUCAUCUUUGCUUUCCUCAGUUUCUCUGCGGAAGCUGAGGUGGUGGAGCACACUUUCAUAGUGGGUAAUCUUACAGUGAGAAGGCUUUGCAAGAACAAACUUAUCACAGCAGUUAAUGGCGAAUAUCCAGGCCCAACUAUUAAUGCUCAUGAGGGUGACACUGUGGUCGUCUAUGUCCUCAAUCAAUCCCCCUAUAAUAUUUCCAUUCACUGGCAUGGGAUAUUCCAGCGUUUGACACAAUGGGCUGACGGACCAAACUACAUAACCCAAUGCCCCAUUCAGCCACAAAAUAGUUACACGUACAAGUUCAACAUCAUCGGGCAAGAGGGCACGCUUUGGUGGCACGCCCACGUCUCUGUCCUCCGCGCCACCGUCUACGGCGCGCUUAUCAUCCGGCCAAGAGCCGGCGCCGCCGGCUAUCCCUUUCCCACGCCUUAUAAGGAAGCCACCAUCCUCCUUGGCGAGUGGUGGGACGCAGAUGUGGUGAACCUUGAGAAUGCUGCUCUCGCCGCCGGCGGUGCAUUUAACAACUCCGAUGCAUUCACCAUCAAUGGCCGCCCCGGCGAUCUCUACCCCUGCUCCAAAAAACACACAUACAAAUUAGAAGUAGAGCAAGGCAAGACCUACCUUCUCCGCAUCAUCAACGCUGCUCUCAACUCCCAACUCUUCUUCAAAAUCGCCAAUCACCCACUCACCGUCGUCGCCGCCGACGCGGCCUAUACUACACCUUUCCAGACCGACGUGAUAACCGUCGCCCCCGGCCAGACCGUCGACGCCCUCCUGCACGCCAACGCUGCCCCCGGCCGAUACUACAUGGCCGCCCUCGCCUACGCCAGCACCCCUAACCUCCCCGUCGACAACACCACAACCGUCGCCAUCCUCACCUACAAAUACUCCUUCCCCUCUUCUUCCCCGCCGUUAUUGCCUUCCCUCCCGGCCUUCAACGACACCCCCACCGCCCACCACUUCUACUCCAACCUCACCGCCCUCCAACGCCCAAAACUACAAUCCGUCCCCCUCAAUAUCUCCGAGCACAUGUUUAUCACCUUCGGCCUCAGCCUCUCGCCAUGCGCCGCCGACCAGCCGCUCUGCCAAGGCGUCGCCUUAUCCGCCAACAUGAACAACGUCUCCUUUCGUUUUCCGACAGCCAUUUCAUUACUGGAGGCUCAUUUUCGUGGAGUCCAAGGGGUUUACACGAAGGACUUUCCUGAUAGACCGCAACUGGCUUUCGAUUACACGAAUCCGAACGUAAACGCGGUGGGGGCGCCGUUGCAAUCGUCGGAUAAGGGGACGAAGGUGAAGAAGUUGCAGUACAACUCGACGGUGCAGAUUGUGCUGCAGAAUACGGCGGUGCUUACGGCUGAGAGCCACCCGAUUCAUCUUCACGGGUUUAAUUUCUAUGUGCUGGCGCUGGGGUUUGGAAAUUAUAACGAGACGGAGGCCGUGAAGGCGUUUAAUUUAGUGAAUCCGCAGGAGAGGAAUACGAUUGCGGUGCCGGCGGGAGGAUGGGCGGUCAUUCGGUUCUGGGCGGAUAAUCCUGGUAUUUGGUUCAUGCACUGCCAUUUGGAUGUUCACCUUCCGAUUGGCCUGGGGAUGGCAUUCGAGGUGGAGAACGGGCCAACGCCGUCGUCGACUUUGCCGCCUCCGCCGCCGGAUUUUCCUCGUUGUUAA